AUGGCGUCUUCGCAGGACGCUUGGUAUCUAUCGUUGUUAGGGCUAGCAGAAAAUUUUCGAACCUCUAGUCCACCGAAUAUUAAGUCGUGUAUACAGUGCUUACAAGCGGUUUUUAAUUUUAAACCGCCUCCAAGGGUUGAAGCACGUACUCAUCUUCAACUUGGCAACAUCCUUCUUACGCAUACCAAAAACAUCGAUUUGGCGCGGUCUCAUUUAGAACAAGCGUGGCGAUUGAGUCAAAAUAUAAACACUUUUGAUGAUGUUAAGUUUGAAGCAGCAAGUGUAGUUGCAGAAUUAUAUGAACAACAACAGCAACCAAAUCUUAGUAAACCAAUAUUACGGAAAGCUAUAGAACUUUCGCAACAUAAUGUAUAUUGGCAUUGUAGACUUAUUUUUCAACUUGCACAAAUACAUGCAUCGGAAAAAGAUUUUGUUGCAGCUAGUAGUUUACUUGCAGUAGGUGUUGAUUAUUCUCAUAUCAGCAAUGCAAGUUAUACAAGAGUUUUGUUCUUAUUGAGUCGAUGUAUGCUUUUAUUAAUAGACAAAAAGUUUACUGAAGUUCACCCUCUUUUAAAUUCAGCUGGUCAUCAUGUUGAAAAUUGGCAGGGUAAUCCACAUCAAAAAGAAUAUUUGAAAGUAUAUUUUUUGGUACUUCAAGUAUGUCAUUAUUUAAUGGCAGGACAAGUCAAAAGUGUAAAACCUUGUUUAAAACAAUUACAACAAAGUAUACAAACUAUAAUGUCUCCUAGUUGGCCAGCAGAUGAAGUAGUUACAGGUUCAAAUAUUGGAGAUAUGUUUAUAUGGAUGCCAAAGGACCAUUUAUAUGUUUUGGUUUAUUUAGUAACAGUUAUGCAUUCAAUGCAAGCUGGUUAUAUGGAUAAAGCUCAAAAAUAUACAGAUAAAGCAUUAACUCAAAUUGAAAAACUCAAAAUUGUUGACAACAAACCAAUAUUAUCUGUUUUCCAAUUAAUGUUAUUGGAACAUAUAGUAAUGUGUCGAUUAGUGAUGGGAAACAAAAGUGUAGCUCUUGCAGAAAUUUCUCAAGCUUGUGAACUUUGUAGAAGACAACCAAGGUUACUUCAAGGUCAUAAACCACAAUUGCAUGCUUUAUUGGGAUUAUAUGCAAUGUCAAUGAAUUGUAUGGAAGCUGCAGAAGCGCAAUUUACAGCUGCUUUGAGAACAUCACAAGAAAGAGAAUUGUGGACUUUCGCGAACUUAAAUUUAGCAAUAGUAUAUCUUAGGACAAAGAGAGAUGCAGAUUUAGGUGCUUUAUUAGAACGAAUAAAUCCAGAAUCUUUACCAUCUCACUCGCAUUCUUUGAGAGCAGCAGCCUAUUAUGUUCAGGGUCUUCAAGCAUUUUUUGGAGCAAGAUACAACGAAGCAAAGAGAUACCUCCGGGAAACAUUAAAAAUGGCUAAUUCUGAAGAUUUGAAUAGACUUACUUCAUGUAGUCUUGUUCUUCUGGGACAUAUAUUUCUUUCUUUAGGAAAUAGUAGAGAAUCUAUGAACAUGGUUACACCUGCAAUGCAAUUAGCUUCUAAAAUACCUGAUGUCCAUGUACAAUUAUGGGCUACUGCUAUUCUUAAAGAUUUAUAUAGAAUUUGCGGGGAUCCGAGUCGUGAAAGUGAAGCAUAUCAAAUGCAUUGCACAUUUUCGCAAACUCUCUUAAAAGAUCAUUUUCAAAGUACGCAAAUGGGUGAACAUACUCUUAUACAAUGGACUGAUGGGCCCGUGCCUGCUUUGCCGAAUAAUCCACCACCUUCGACAUCGCAAGCAAUUCUUUAAUAAUUUCUAAAAAUUCCAUAAUUUGUAUGUGUAAAACAUGUAAGAUAUUUGGCAGAACACAGAAAUAUGUUAGGUUUGUAUAAUUUUAUUGGAUUAUAGGUUGAAUUAAAAAAUAAA